CGGCCAUAUCUAUUUUCUCCUUGGAAAAUUCUUCCGUGUCAACACUGACGGUAUCCGCUUUCCAGAAUGCCCCCCAAGAAGACAGAUAAUAAAGUCCAACAUUUGACACCUCGAGAUACUGAGGUCAUCGACACUAUUUUACAAGCUUUCCCUCCUCAAUCGAAACCCAAAAUAGAUUGGACUGCUAUCGCACAAAAGCUAGGGUUGAAAAAUGAACCGACAGCUAAGGAGACCUUCCGUGUUCUCUGCAGAAAGAGAAAUUGGUUCAACGCGAUUGACUCCCAGUCUGAAGCUGGGCCUAAAUCUUCCUUGAACCCGCAAAAGGACGACGCUACUAAGGACGAGACUCACGAGAGGGCUUCUAAUAUUAAGAAAUACAAUACAAGACGUCGCACUAAGAAGGAACCCCAAGCAGAGCUCAAACCCAGUACUACCAAGCUCACUGAGACUGCCGAGAGUCAGGAGGAGACAUUUUCAGAUGACGAGUCUGACUUCGGCUGCGCCUAA